AUGGAGUUGAAGAUAAAGAAAGGAGGAGUGGGAGACGUAGAAACGUUGGAUCCGGUUAGCCCGACUGGGCAGUACUUCAGCAUCACUUCUCCUCCUGUUUGUAUCAUUGGCAUCUUUGAGUUUGACGACCCCAUUGAUGACUCACGCUUUGCUGCUACCAUUGAAACCAUCUUACUCCCCACCAACCCUCGUUUUUCUGCAAUUAUGGUUGAAGAUGAAAAUGGAGGGAAACAUUGGAAGCAAGUCGAAGUGAAGGUGGAAGACCAUAUGAUAGCCCCACGUUUUCCUGAUGGAUUAUCACUUGAAUCUUAUGAUGUUUAUAUUGGUGAUUACCUUUCUGGGUUAGGAAUGGAUCCAUUUCCAAAAGCUAAACCAUUAUGGGAAAUUCAUGUAAUCAAAUAUCCAACCAGCAAAUCAUCUGGAAGCCUUAUUUUUAAGCUCCACCAUGCGCUUGGUGAUGGCUACACUAUUAUGGGUGUCAUGUUAUCCUGCCUACAAAGAGCUGACAACCCUUCUAUCCCCUUAACAUUUCCAAGCUUUCGAAAACCACCUAAACCAGAUAAUGGCAUGAAGAGCAUACUUAGCCUCGUACCACAAGUUUUGAGUGGUGUAGUAAACACGGUUUUGGAUUUUGGUAUGAGCAUAUUGCAGAGUAGUUUGUUGGAAGAUUCUUCGACACCAAUACGAUCCGCGGAAGAGGGGGUAGAGUUCCUGCCGACCGUUGUAACGACCAUGACAUUCUCUCUAGAUCAGAUCAAGCAAAUUAAGGAUAUCCUUGAAGUGACGAUAAAUGAUAUAGUUUCCGGAGUGAUCUUCCUUGGAACUAGAUUAUAUAUGGAAGCAACAAGCAAUGAGUCGGGAAACGCGAGGUCCACAUCACUGGUGUUGCUUAAUACUAGAUCGAUUGGUGGUUACAGGUCAGUAGAUGAGAUGCUUCACAACCCUGAAGCACAAAAUCUGUGGGGAAACCAGUUUGCUUUCUUGCAGGUUUCGCUACCCAAGUUACGCCAAGCACAUAACUCUUUAGACCCGCUAAAAUUUGUUUAUGAAGCCCACAAUAUCAUUAAAAGAAAGCGAAACUCAUCGGCGGUUUAUCUAACUGGAAUGCUACUUGAAUCUAUAAGAAAAUAUAGGGGCACAGAGGCAGCUGCUAAAUACGUUCAUCUCACCCAAAAGAAUGCAAGCAUGGGGUUGACGAAUCUGGCCGGGCCAAUUGAAAAAAUGUCUCUGUGUAAUCAACCAAUAAAAGGCUUGUACUUCAUGAUCUUCAAUGUUCCACAGAGUUAUAAAGUAACGGUCAUGAGUUACAUGAACCAGUUGAGGGUUACCCUUGGAACCCAGAAAGGCUUUAUAGAUCCUAUGAAGUUAAAGAGAUGCAUUGAGGAGGCUUACGAUAUGAUUCUCAAGGCAGCACUUAAUUCUAAAUGAGAUAGAAGAAAGUUCAUACGGUAUUAAUCACUAUGUAUCCAUGGUUUUGACUUGCUUCAAACCAAAUAAAACAGCUAAAGUGUAUUGAUGUCUGGGUACAAUAUCUGCUGGCUUUUAUAGGUGGCUUAAUUUCUAUAUAAACUUUGAUUGUUAUCUC